CGAGGGUGCUCCACGUUCAAGCUUUAUACUCCCUCUGCUCUCAAAUCUCAAAUGGGUUCAACCAUUAUUCAAAAUCUAAAACAUCAAAAGCAUCUCUUACGCUGUGCCUCUGAGAAAUUGUGUUCCCAAAAAUAAAACAAAUGCCCCAACCCUUCUAUCUGAAUUUCUGGAUCGCUGGGAGAGAGGAAAUUCUGUGCUUGUAACAGGAACAAGUCAGCGGCGAGGUUUUCGAAGAAGAUUACUAUCGAUGGCUCGUGGUCGAGUCAAACGAAAUGUCUUUUCAGCUGCGAAAAGAGUGCGGCAACGACUCAAUGUCUCCGAUAUUUUUGUCUUUCCAUGGCCGCCACUGCCACUGUUUCAACCACCGUAUACCUUGAAGACCAUCGGAAGCCACUAAGAUCCAGCUAUUGUCCACCACUCUGGGCUGCCACAGGCCAACAAGUCUCAGCUAGGUGGCCACAGUCUGUCAGGUUACAAGCAAUGUUAUCGACCCAUAGCUGGUGUAUAAAGUCAUGCAGGUUGAGGUUCCAGCCCAUCCAACAAAAACUUUAUCGUCCCUCUCAUCUCCCAACCAUCUCCCAGCCCAAUGGAAUACUCCAGGAAGAAUACCCUUUUAGCCCACACCAGCUCUCCUCAGAUUCCCCCUGCUCUCCCUCGUUACCCUGGCCCAGAUUCCGGAUUCAACGGCCUCGAAAGAGUGGUCAUCGAUUUAUACAACGAUCCUCUCGUCGACAAUGAUACCCUCGGACCUAACAGGGUCUGUUGCCUAGCUUGUGGGACCAGAAUAAAAAGUUUGGGUAUGACGUACGCCAUGUGUAGAUGGGAUGGUCAUAAAGCGGGAUGUAAGAAGGCACAAGCAGCAUUGAAGGAGUUGAAGAAAGGGAGGCGCUUUGUUCCUGUGAAGCCGAUGAUAAGACUCAGGCCGGAAGAUCUUACGUGCUCUGCGGAGGAGGAGCAGACGGGGGAGGGGAUGUAUUCGGCAAAGAUGGUUCAGUGGAGAGAGACAUACGCUGCAGAGCUUCAGAGAGAAGCGUUGAUGACUCAAGUUCAACCGGCUGCGUCUUCCUCGGAUCCACCUUCGAGAUCUGGUGAAAGCUCUGGGCCUAAGGAAUCGUUAUUUGCGACUCGUACGCUUCCGCCUCUCCCGAACCGCCCAGCUAUUCCCAAAGAUGUUUACGCCAGUGCGACUUAUACUCAUCCCAAUUAUCGUUACUAAGAUUCAGAGUCGUAAUGUCGCGGAUUCGCAUGCGCGCCUGGUUGGCUCUUCCGUCUCAUUAUGAUUAUGGUCUUUCUUUGUUUUCAGCGAAUCAUGCCCCCAUUUAAAUUGUAUCAUUAUGUUAUAUGCUAUGUCUUUAUGGAUCCAGG